AUGGCUGUUUCAAGCAGUACGACUCUUCCAAUCAUCAUAUCCGGAACAGGUCCGUCCGCGCUGCUUCUUGCCCACGCACUACUAAAGGCCACGCCGCCGCUGCCAUUCCGGCUGUAUGAGCGCGACAAGUCAAUGACACAUCGCGUUCAAGGCUACCGCUUCGUCGUUAGUGGACGUGGUGUGAAAUCAUGCCGCGACGUUCUCAGCCCCGAGCAUUUCGACCUCCUGCGCGCAACAUGUGGUGAUAUCCAGAGCCCACCCCCUAGGCGGCUCGACGCGCUCUCAGGCACCCUGUUGGGCGGGUUCGACAUGAAUUUUAGAAGCCGUGAUAAGCAAGAAGAGCCGCUGAAAGUCGACCGGACGCUGAUGAGGCAGGCCCUCUUCAGAGGUCUGGAAGACUACACCACGUUCGGCAAGGAGAUUGUCGGGUAUGAAACCUUCACCACCGUCGGGGAUGAAACCGGCACGACCAAUGGUGACGAAGACGGGUCCGGCGUCCUGGUGCGGUUCUCGGAUAAUUCGACAGUGCGAGGCUCCCUCCUGGUCGGCGCCGACGGCGGCUUCUCGCGAGUUCGCGCACAGCUCGUACCUGAUGUUCAGCUUCUCGACUGCGGGAUGCGAAUGGUCCUCGGCAAGACGCCGCUCACUCCCGCCUUUUACGAGGCUCUGGGCGCGACAGGUGAAGACGACCCACGCGCGGCCACGCUCCUAGACAGCAUAGCGUUCGUGGCAGACCCCGCCCCCCGGAACUCACCCAUGUUCUUCAUGUUCGACCCAAUGCGGUUCGGCGGCCGCGCAAAGGUCGAGGCCAGUGCCCCGGACCUCGGGGCUUCCAUCCCGCUCGAUUACAUCUACUGGGCGCUGUCUCUGCGCAGCGACGAGCCCGAGGCGCAAGGCAAGGAAUGGAGAGCCAUGGAUUCCAAUGCAGCCGCCGACUUGGCCGAGGACCUGACCAAGUCCUGGGCUCCGCCUCUGCGCGCCCUUGUGAGGCACCAAGACCGCUCGCAGACCCAGUCCCUCCGCAGUUCCAUCAUUCCGAUUCCACUACGUGACUGGCGCAAGCCCACUGCUGUUGACGGUGCCGAAGGCUCUGGGGACGAAACGGUAUCGUCAGUAUCGAGCCCUAUGGUGACUCUCAUCGGCGACGCUGCACAUGGCCAGCCGCCGACGGGCGGCAUGGGAGCAGCCACCGCGUUGACUGAUGCAGCGGUGCUGGGCGCAUCGCUGGCCGAGCAUGGGACUACGCGGCGUGCACUCGAGGUGUAUGAGGCUGAGAUGCGUGCUUACGCUGGUCCGGCCAUCGAGGGGAGCCUGAAAGGCGGCAGGAUAUUCACCAAUAUGCAGGACCUGGAGGAGAUGAAACCGAUGAGGCAUUGA